CGCCUAGCUACGCCUUCAACAACCUGCUGUCGGGGGGAAGCUAACAAGCUAGCUCAGUGAAACAGUUUGGAUUUUGUUCUUCUUUUACAAACUGUCCACAAACACAUGUCGCUGUGAGAACAAUGGACCGAGAACUGAACGACGAGGAGCUGCAGGAUUUCUACGCAUGGAUAGAUAAAAUACCUUUGUCCCGGCCCAAAAGAAACAUCACACGAGACUUCAGCGACGGAGUGAUGGCUGCAGAGGUUGUAAAAUAUUUCUUCCCAAAGCUUGUUGACCUGCACAACUAUAUUCCUGCAAACUCCACACCGCAGAAGCUCAGUAACUGGAACCUUCUCAACAGGAAGGUGUUUUCCAAGCUGAACUUUCAUGUGCCUGAGGAGACAAUGAAGAGGAUUGUACUGAGCACCGCAGGAGCGAUAGAGCCUGUGCUGAGUGCCCUCCGGGAGAAGAUAGAUCAGAAAUUGGAGCACACUACAGAGAAUAUACUGGAUUUGGAAUACUACAACACCAGGGACCGAGAGAAACCUCAUACGGAAAUUUGUCAGACCGAAGCGAAACUUCUGUCUCAGCUGGCAGGAGAAGAGAUGAAAAAAGAUGAAAAGAGCAGACUCAAAAACGGUAAACCUCAGCACACAGCACAGUUUUACUCAGACAUGGAUCCUACUUUCCGACUAAUCCUGCAGGAAAAAGAUCAAGCUGUCAUGGCUUUGCAGGAGACUGUGGAGGUACACACACACUUGAAUUCGGGAAACACUGGGCUGGCUGAAAUAAAAUCUUCCGUUUUGAUGUCCUGUAGAAGAGCUUUGUCAUACAGACCACCGAUCCUGCAGAUGAAAGUGAACAGGUUAGAGCAUCUGGUUCAUCUGAAGGACAUGCGGAUUGAAGAUCUGAUGCGGCAUCUGGAGACGUACAAAGCAAAAGACAGUACACGCUGAUACAUGUACACCAACAAUACAAAAAGAGGAUCAGAUCUGAGAUUAUUGCCCUAACAGCUAAAAUGCAUCAAAUGCACCUGCGGGAUUACAGAUGUGUUAUGUUUUAACACUGUCUUGUUUAUUAAGUAAAGUGUGUUUUUUUGCUGAAAGAGAGGUUGUUCAUUUCAUUCCCAUGAACAUCAGCUGUAAUAUCUUCAAUCUAUCUUGUCUAAGGAGAUUCUACUGUAAAUGGUUUAUCAGUUCAAAAACUGUGCCUUUACACAGCCUAUGACUUCUGACUGUCAAGUGCUCAAUAAAUCAACUCACUUUUCAA